AGAUAUUUUUGCUCCCUCUAUUAUAACUCCAUUUCCCCCCACACAACAUUUUCCAUUCCCCUCCCCCCACACACAACAUUUUGGGUAAAGAAACGCGAUAAUGGGCGCUCUGGAUCAUCUCUCCAACAUCUUCGAUUGCUCCUCCGGCAGCUCCAGGCUCAAGAAACGCAAGCAAUUGCAGACGGUGGAGAUCAAGGUGAAGAUGGACUGCGAAGGAUGCGAGCGGAAGGUGAAGAAGGCGGUGGAGGGAAUGAAGGGUGUGAAGCAGGUGGACGUGGACCGCAAGUCGCACAAGGUGACGGUCAUUGGAUAUGUGGACCCGGGCAAGGUGGUGUCCCGCGUGGCGCAUCGGACGGGUAAGAGGGCGGAGAUCUGGCCCUACGUGCCAUACGACGUCGUUGAUCACCCCUACGCUCCUGGGGUCUACGACAGGAAGGCGCCAGCUGGGUACGUGCGGAACGUGCAGGAUCCGCAGAUGUCGUAUCUGACACGUGCGAGCUCCACUGAGGUGCGGUACACCACAGCUUUCAGUGAUGAGAACCCCGCAGCUUGUGCCAUCAUGUGAUGCUAUAUAUAAAAUGCUGAACAAAAAAUACUAGUAGUACUUAUGUGGUUGGUGGAGUUAUUAGGACCGUAGAUUUCUUAAUUCUCUGUGAUGCAAAUUAAUUUUGGUUUUUUUUUUGUUUGGUUGGGGACUAUGACUUGGUCAUUAGAUCUUAGAAUCAAAGAAUUAAAUCUUCAAUUAUGUAAUUUUCAUUGUAUAUUUUGAUGAAACUAUUCGUCUAGAUCCAA